UUUGAAUGUCUUGUUUGUGGGAAAUGUUUUAGUCAGAAUUGCAACCUGGUGAAACACCAGAGGACUCACUCAGGAGAGAAACCCUUUGAAUGUAUUGAUUGUGGGAAAGGUUUUAACCAGAAUUCCAACCUGGUGAUGCACCAGAGGACUCACACAGGAGAGAAACCCUUUGAAUGCAACAAUUGUGGGAAGAGCUUCAUUCAAAAAUCCCAUCUGGUGAAUCACCAAAGGAUUCACACAGGAGAGAAACCUUAUGAGUGUCCAGAUUGUGAUAAAGGUUUCAGACAAAAAUCCCAUCUAGGGAAUCAUCUGAAGACUCACACAGGGGAGAAAUUAUUUGAAUGUUCUGAUUGUGGGAAACAUUUCAGUCAGAAUUCCAGCCUGGUCAUUCACCAGAGGUCUCACACAGGAGAGAAACCAUUUGAAUGUCCUAUUUGUGGGAAAAGUUUCAGUCGGUAUGGCAGCCUGGUGAACCACCAGAGGACUCACACAGGAGAGAAACCAUUUGAAUGUGUUGAUUGUGGGAAACGUUUUAGUCUCAAUUCCAACUUGGUGAUACACCAGAGGACUCACACAAAAGAGAAACCCUUUGAGUGUCCUGAUUGUAUGAAAAGUUUCAGUCAGAAUUCCUACUUGGUGAAACACCAGAAAACUCAUACAGGAGAAAAACCUUUUCAAUGUGGUGAUUGUGGGAAAUAUUUCAGUCUCAAUUCUAGCCUGGUAACACACCAGAGGACUCACACAGGAGAAAAACCUUUUGAAUGUCCUAUUUGUGGGAAACGUUUCAAUCACAAUUCCAGCCUUGGGAAACACCAAAGGACUCACAAAGGAGAGAAAAUGUAUCAGUGUCCUGAUUGUGGGAAAGGUUUCAGUCACAAUUCCAACCUGGUGAUACACCAGAGGACUCACAGAAAAGAGAAACCCUUUGAGUGUCCUGAUUGUGCGAAAAGUUUCAGUCAGAAUUCCUUCUUGGUGAAACACCAGAGAACUCAUACAGGAGAAAAACCUUUUCAAUGUAGUGAUUGUGGGAAAUAUUUCAGUCUCAAUUCUAGCCUGGUAACACACCAGAGGACUCACACAGGAGAAAAACCUUUUGAAUGUCCUAUUUGUGGGAAAAGUUUCAGUCAUUACUGCAGCCUGUUGGUACACCAGAGGACUCACACGGGAGAGAAACCCUUUGAAUGUCUUGUUUGUGGGAAAUGCUUUAGUCAGAAUUCCAACCUGGUGAAACACCAGAGGACUCACACAGGACAGAAACCCUUUGAAUGUCCUGAUUGUGGGAAAUGUUUCAGUCAGAAUUCUGACCUGGUAAAACACCAGAGGACUCACUCAGGAGAGAAACCAUUUGAAUGUCCUGUUUGUGGGAAAUGUUUUAGUCAAAAUUCCAACCUGGUGAUGCACCAGAGGACUCACACAGGAGAGAAACCCUUUGAAUGUCCUGAUUGAGGAAAAAGUUUCAUUAAAAAUGUCCACCUCGCGAGUCACCAGACGACUCACAUGGGAGAGAAACUUUUCAAAUGUCCUGUCUGUGACCAAUGCUUCAGGCAUAAAUCGUCCCUUAUUGCCCACAAGUAAAUCCACUUGAGACAAAAGUUGAUGAGUUUAGAGAAGGCUUGAAUUUCAUUUCUAAACUCUCAUUAGGAAUGUAGGUCUUGAAUGUAUUUUUUAAAUUCUCGCCUGAUGCUUUUUAGUAUUAGACUUGUAGGUAGAUAGAAAAAUAUGUUAGUUCAAUAAAGUCUAAGUACCCGUUUCUGUUGAUCAGCAGACGUUUCUGGAUAUUUUCUGUGCAGAAGUUGUGGAUUUCCUCCAAAUGGUUUUCUGGGUAAUGCUUUUUGUAUAUUGAUCACGGAACUCCAACAUAUGGAGUUCCCUCUUCUACUUUGGUGUCCUUCAGAUUUUGAGCCCCAUAAUACUCCAGCCACUCUAGAAGUAGUGCUCGAGAUACAACUGUAAUGUGCCAUGGUGGUGCAGUGGUUAGAGUGCAGGACUGCAAACUGC